AUGCUGGUGAAGGUACAAUAUCAAGUUGUGAAGAAAUUUGUGAAGUUGAAUAACGAUUGCACAUUCCAAGAUUUUCUCGAUGAAGGCAAGAAAAAUAACUUUGAAAGAAUAAAGGUGAGUUCACACCAAGUCUUAGACACAGACACCGCGGUGGAGGAGGACAUCUUCCAUGAACUGAUUGAAGGCAGUCCACAAUUAUGCCUAACUGUAAGAUGUUCAGAAGAAAAUAUUUUUGCUGGCUUGUCUGAUGAGUUUUCACCUGCAAGAUCUUCAACCCCCAGCACAAGCACUGAUACUCUUUCACUCCCUUCUACUGACUGUGAAGAGACUGAGAGAGCAGUCCAAAAUCAAGCAGCAAGGGCCAGCAACAGUUUUGGCAUAGAUGCUGAAAAGGCAAAACGAAUUGUCCAAGAUGCCCUGGAAAAACAAUUUGGCGGUGAAGAUGCUCUUAAAGAAUACCAGACAACUAAAACUUUAACGCACAGCACCAGACGUCAGCUUGCUAAUAUUGUUGUCAGUCACAUGACAGAGAUUCAUGGGAGGAUCCCUACACGCAAACAGCGGGAGACUUAUGCCUUGGCCAUUGUUUCUCUCUUUCCUUGCCCGAAAGACCCUUUUUCUGCGAAAGGAUAUAUAAAUCAGGCCUUUGCUCUGCUGUUCAAUUCUGAAACAUCCAACAAGUUGCUUGAGAGGUGGGAGACUGCAUUUAAGCAGAAGAUAAUGAAUGAAGCCCAAUCUCUUACUUCAACAGCAGAAGUUCGGAGUCUUAUCAAUGCAGCAGAGGGACAAGGAUCUGAAAAUGGGAAGAAGGAGACUAAGAUCAGCUCAACAGAGGCUGUUGAGAGACUUGUGAAUUUCCAUAAGUCCUGCACCAGUAUUGAAGACCUUAUCAGUGGGAGGGAGAGUCACCAGCCAUACCUACUGGCAUCUGGAAGACUCAAGAGCAAGAUUGACAAAUUCUAUGUGGUUGUGGACAAGCACCUCAUCCCUUGCGCAGGAACCAGCUCUUUGAGUGCUGUCGAUGAGCUCUUCAAAGUUCACUAUGUGUUGAACCUGUCAUAUGAGGGAGCCCUUGUCGACGUCUUCACCUUCCUGCAGACCACAAUCUACAACAUCGAUAUUGGUCUUACCAUUGAGUCUCCCUGUGUCAAGGAAUUGCGUGCAAAACUGUUAAACUAG